UAGUCUAAUGGUCUCUAUGUCGAGCCUCAAAUCUCUUUAGAACAAAAUGAGUGUAUGAAUUUCUUCUACUUCUGUCUCAACCUCUCAAACCCAUCAUAGACUCGCUCUCUUCUAAUUUCUCUCUAAAGAACCAUUAUGGGAAAGAAGAUUGUAAUAGUAGUGUUAUUGUUGGUAAUACCCUUGUUGAUGGCUGUGUCUUUAAGCAGCAACUUCAUAGAUGAAUCUGCUCUUAUAGCCAUCAAAUCUCAUAUCACUUCCGACUCCAAUAACAUCAUAGCAAGCAACUGGUCAGAAGGAACCUCCUUUUGCAGUUGGGUCGGCGUCUCUUGCAGCACUAGGCGCCAAAGAGUGACGGCCUUGAAUCUUCCAAACAUGGGUUUUGGAGGUACCAUUCCCAAAGAAAUUGGCAACCUCUCAUUCCUUAAUUUUCUCAACAUCAGUAUUAACAAAUUCCAUGGCAAUCUCCCUCGUGAAUUGGGCCAUUUGCGUCGGCUGAAAUCAUUAGAUUUGAGUUCCAAUGAGAUCUCUGGGGACUUGCCUACAAGUUUGGGGUUCUUAAUCAAGCUACAAGUCCUGAGUCUGUAUGACAAUCAUCUCAAGGGAUCUAUUCCCCGAGAGAUAGGUUUUCUUCAUAGUUUACAGAGACUAGACAUCAGCAACAAUUUUAUCUCAGGAUUCAUUCCUUCCACCAUAUUCAAUAUCUCCUCCUUGCGGGAGAUUUUGCUGAAUAAUAACAGCCUAUAUGGGACCCUACCAUUGGAAAUGUGCAACAAUCGUCUAAAGCUGCAAGUGUUGGAUCUUUCAAGGAAUCAGUUAAGUGGUCAACUGCCAACCAGCUUACACAAAUGUACCCAACUUCAAGCUCAAUGGAUAUCAUUCAAUGAAUUCACAGGGAGCAUACCUAUGGGGAUCGGCAACUUAACCAAGCUCAAAGUGUUAGCACUCGCCAGAAAUAAGAUGACAGGUAAGAUUCCACCUUCGGUUGUUAAUAUGUCCAACUUAGAGGUCUUCGACAUUGGUGAAAACAAUAUCCACGGCAGUAUUCCUCAGGAAUUGGGACAACUAUUGAAUUUGAAUUUUUUAUCCACGGGAAUUAACAACCUCGGUGGUGCACCACCACACUCAAUUUUCAACAUCUCUACAUUGGAAACCCUUUUACUUCCUGCGAAUCAGUUUUUUGGGAAUCUUCCGUCAACUAUAGGCCUUUGGCUUCCAAAUCUAAAGCUUUUUUCCCUUGCUAGGAACCAAUUCAGUGGACCAAUUCCUUGCUCUAUCUCAAAUGCCUCAAAACUAACUAGAAUCUCUCUAAGGGAAAACUUUUUCAACGGUAGUGUACCCAUGACUCUUGGGAAUUUACAGCACCUCGAAUAUCUCAGCCUUCUAGUUAAUAACUUGACCAAUGAUCAGUCUGGCCCUGAAAUAGAUUUUCUUUCUUCAUUGACCAAUUGCAAGCUUUUGAAGCUUCUAGCUAUAGGAGGUAAUCCCCUGAAUGGCAUUCUUCCAAAGUUAUGGGGAAAUUUGUCCAUUUCACUCCAACAAUUUUAUGCAACUUCUAGUGGCAUCAGAGGCAUGAUUCCUAGUGCAAUUGGUAAUUUGAGCAACUUAGUGUUAUUGGGGUUGGGAGGUAAUGACUUGACAGGAUCAAUUCCUAAUACACUCGGGCAGCUAAGCAAAAUUCAACGUUUGGAAAUAUUUGAAAAUGUAAUUCAGGGGUUGAUACCCAACUCUUUUUGCAAUUUGACAAACAUAUUUGAGUUGAAUUUGCGAAGAAAUAAGCUUUCUGGCCCAAUUCCAAACUGUUUAGGACUAGUAACUUCAUUACGAAUCCUCUCUUUAGGCUCCAAUGUACUGACUUCAAAAAUUCCACCAACUUUGUGGAGCCUGGAGGAUGUCAUUACUCUGGACUUAUCCUCCAAUAUUCUAACCGGCUCUCUACCUCCAGAAAUUGGCAAUUUGAAACACAUUAGCGAGUUGUAUCUGUCAGAAAAUCAGUUCCCAGGUGAACUUCCAAGCACCAUUGGUCAACUCCAGAGCUUGGAAUCCUUAGAUCUAUGUCAGAAUAGAUUACAAGGCCCCAUACCCUUGUCAUUUUCUAAUUUGAUAAGCUUGAAAUCCUUGAACCUCUCUCGGAAUAAUCUUUCUGGUGUGAUCCCCAAGUCGUUGGAGAAACUUUCAGAUCUUAAAUAUUUCAAUGUUUCUUUCAAUAGACUAACCGGAGAAAUCCCCACUAGAGGACCUUUUGCCAACUUCACCCCCGAGUCUUUCAGCCAAAAUGAUGCAUUGUGCGGAGCACCUCAGUUCCAUGUCAAAGCAUGUAAAAGUCACAGAAAAUCAGGGAAGAUUCAGAUUGUCCUAAAAUUCAUUGUACCAUCGGUUGUUGCAUUAGUGGUAGUUGGAGUAGCUCUUUUAAUUUGGUGGCUAAAAUUCAACCGAAACAAAAAUAAGCAAAUUCCGAUUCAAGUUGAUCCACCAAUUAGCAUAACACAAAGAAGAAUUUCAUAUCAUGAGAUUCUUUAUGCAACAAACCAUUUUAGUGAAGGCAAUUUGAUUGGGAAGGGAAGCAUUGGCACAGUAUACAAAGGGACAUUCUCUGAUGGAAUGAUAGCUGCUGUAAAGGUCUUUGAUUUGGAGUUGCAAAGAGCAUUCACUAGUUUUGAUGCAGAGUGCGAAGUAAUUCGCAACAUUCGCCACCGAAAUCUUGUCAAGAUAAUCACCAGUUGCUCGAACCUCGAUUUCAAAGCCUUGGUGCUUGAAUACAUGUCUAACGGGAACCUUGAGAACUGCCUUUAUUCUCACAACUACUUUUUGAAUAUUGUCGAAAGAUUAGGCAUUAUGAUAGAUGUGGCAUCUGCCUUGGAGUAUCUGCAUCGUGGUUCUUCAACCUCUGUUGUGCAUUGUGACCUAAAGCCAAGCAACAUCCUAUUAGAUGAAGACAUGGUCGCGCAUGUAGCUGACUUCGGCAUAGCAAAGCUCUUGGCAGAGAACAAGUCAACACACACAAAGACCUUGGGCACCAUUGGGUAUAUGGCACCAGAGUAUGGGUCAGCCGGAAUAGUUUCUGUUGCUGGUGAUGUAUAUAGUUAUGGAAUCCUGCUAUUGGAAACAUUUACAAGAAAGAAACCGACCGAUGAUCUAUUCGUGGGAGAAGUGAGCUUGAAGAGUUGGGUAUCUGAGUCUUUUCCAAGUGCAGUGAUGGAUGUUGUGGAUGUUAAUUUGGUGAGUGGAGAGGAAGAAAAUUUUACUGCCAUACAAAAUUUUUUGCCAUCUAUCUUCAAAUUGGCUCUAGAAUGCACAUCAGAGUUACCUGAGGAGAGGAUUAACAUGGAAGAUGCCCUAGUUAGGCUCCAGAAGUUCAAAACCAUAGUUCUUGAAAAUUUAAUGAGGCCUUGAAUCAAGUGUCUGCAAGUAGUUCUGAUUUCUUCUUUAAUUAUGAGUUGGGGAAAGUAAUGGCUUAUAGUAGAAUAUAUCACGUGGUCAUCCAUGAUCGAUGUCACUUAAUAAAUUUUUUUUUUUUUUUUUUUCCAAGCGAUUAACGUAAUAGUUUAUGAAUAAUUGUUUUGCAAUAUCUUAGAAAUUUUUAGCUUGUUCUACUUGCAUCCAUCUAACUAUUUUCUUUCAUAUAGAACAUAUAAUUUUUUUUUUUUUUUUUUUUUUUUCUCGUUUAGCCACCAAAUUUGAAUCAGAAUCUUAACUCAUCACAUAAAAUGUUGUGAGAGUUGUUAAUUCUAGUAUUAAAAUCAGCCUUUAAUUGACAUGUAAAGAAGAAAAUAUUGGGUAUCCAGUCAUGCUACACCAUUGGUAACGCCCACUCGAUA